AUGGCAAAGCUUAAACGAGUUCGAACAGGCUGUCUUACCUGUCGCGAGCGACAUCUCAAGUGCGACGAAGCAGUUCCGGACUGCAUCAACUGCCGCAAAAGUGGAAGGAAUUGCAGACGAGGUCUUAGGAUCAGCUUCCUUGAUAUAACAGUGCACAAUCCGACACCUCAACGGUGUUUGGGCGUUUGUAAAGCUGUUGGAUUCUGUGACGAGUCACGUCUGAUCGCCUCAGAAUAUCGAGGCGGAUUACAGCGCUAUACCGAUGUGCGUGAGGCGAAUAAAGAGACCACAAGUCCUGAUAAACUGAACCGGUUUGCCAAAGAUUUACACUUAGCCAAUCCAGCAGGCUGUAAUAGUAUUCAUGCCCAACUUUCUGCGCAGGCACAGCUUUCUGACGAGAUGGAAGACAGCUUCCUCAGCCACCCAAGCCGCCAUGCCAGUGCAUCUACUGCCAACUGGCCGCCUGCGACGAAAGUAACAGGAUACAGGAAUCAGAAAAGCUUUGUAGAUCAGAUGGACUGGUCGUGUGGACAAGACUGGUCUAUAACGGGAGUGUUCUACUCAGACGAGCUUCCGAUUCACACGCCCUCUAGUUUACGAGACUCUAAGAGAGCAUCGUUAAUCUGCCAUGGGCCGACCAAGAGCAAUGACUGGAGUUCGGAAACACUGGUGAUGACAAAGGAGCCAAAUCUAUAUGGCAGCAAAUAUAAUGACGAUAUGAUGGAGUUCAUCGCAACUCAGGACGAACUCAAUUACCUGCAAGCCUUUGCCGAUGGUGUCGGCGUGUGGAUGGACUCACUCAAUAGCGGCAACCAUUUCACCCAGGUGAUUCCAUGGCACGCACUUAAAUCAUCUGUUCUUCUCAACUCCCUGAUGGCGUGCGGAGCAAAGCACCUCUCCUUCAGCAAGCCCGAAUUAGAAGACAGAGCCAUUGCACUCUACAACACGGCCACAGCGCAGCUCGUUCGAAUGCUCCAAAACCCAGAGAGAAACGUUGUCGACUGCACAACGGCAUCCAUUUUGCUCAAUGUAUACGAGGCCAUGUCGCAUAAGCCCAUACAUAAAAUGGGCCCUUCAUUCGAGACCUGGCACCCUGACGAUUGGGGACUCGAUCUAGAUUGGAGCCACGAUAACGACCUGGACGGCGGCGACUCUCAGACGUGGGUUCACAGGUCGUUUUAUAUCCUGGCUAAGGUUGUCAACUUCCGAGCAACGUCCCUGACAUAUCAUCCCUCUGAUCCGCACAAGCACCAAUCCAGGCUCUCUGACCGUCUCGCAGAGUGGCAGGCGCUGAAGCAGCUCUGCGAUGACUGGAACAACUGCAGUCCCAGAUCUAUGCGGCCAGUUGGCUACUUGGCUAUGAGUGGUUCAACUGAGCCGUCGGCGUUUCCGAAAUUUUGGUCAGUGAUAAUCGUCAACCUUUACAUGUAUGCUGGCGCAGACGUCGGCAAUGCUGGGUAG